AUGUAGUCCUUCAGAGCCUCUUCAGAUUACAUUUUGAAUUAAAUUCCAUUAUUACCUUCUUAAUAGAUAUAAAAAUUGACUGAAAAAUUAGGGAAUUUAGAAAAUUAUAAGUAAGAAAGUGAUUAUUUUAUAUCAUUUAUUAGUUUAACAAGUGAUAGAGUUGAUAAUUAUAAAGAAUAAUGUGGAAGACCCUUAACAUCUAUGAAAAGGAUUCUUAAAAGAAAUAAAUAGUAUCCUGAUUAAUUAGAUAAUGAAUUAUUUUUAGAUGAAUCAGUAAUUAGUGAAACUGAAGGUAUUUCAAAUGUUUCUAUUAAUUAUAGCUAAAUUAAAUUCUUUAUAUGGAGAAAGCAUUUUUAUUUAAAAGAAUCUAAUAUCAAAUUAAAAAAGCAAUCCUAUAAAAGUAAUAUAAGCAAUAAAGAAAAUGGAUUAAAUUAAAUCUAUUAUCAAUAAUGUUAACGCAAAUAAAUUAAUGAAUAAGUUUAUAAUAUGA